UCCACUCUUGCCUCUACUGUGUCUUCUUUGGCUGUUUUACAAAGAAACAUAUUCACGAGCACGCGAAGACAAAGCGACACAAUUUAGCUGCUCAGUGAAGGAAAAUACACAGUAACUUAGUCCCAGAGUAGCAGAAGCAGCAAGAUGUCUGUGAGCAGUAGCUCUAAGAGAGAAGAGAGCCAUAGACCUUUUGUAUGGGGGUAUAUACUGCUUUAUGUGUCAAGAUUACAUAUACGACAAAGACAUGGAACAAAUUGCCAAAGAAGAACAACGAAAAGCUUGGAAAUUACAAGCCUUCACCCCAACAGUGGUUUCUCACUACCAGUGUACAAUGACAGGCAUUGGAGAGAAGUAUUCAACAUGGGAGCCGACCAAGAGAGAGUUAGAAUUGCUACGACACAACCCCAAGCGAAGAAAAAUAACCACAAACUGCACCAUAGGUCUACGAGGGCUAAUCAAUCUUGGGAACACAUGUUUUAUGAACUGUAUUGUCCAGGCACUUACCCACACUCCACUGCUGCGAGAUUUCUUCCUCUCCGACAGGCACAAAUGUGAAAUGCAAAGCCCCAGCUCAUGUCUGGUCUGUGAAAUGUCUACUCUCUUUCAGGAGUUUUACUCUGGGCACCGAUCUCCUCACAUUCCAUAUAGGUUAUUGCACCUGGUAUGGACUCACGCACGGCAUUUAGCAGGGUACGAGCAACAAGAUGCACACGAGUUCCUCAUUGCUGCAUUAGAUGUGCUACACAGACACUGCAAAGGUGAUGAUAAUGGGAAGAAGGCCAACAACCCCAACCACUGUAACUGCAUCAUAGACCAAAUCUUCACAGGCGGACUGCAGUCGGAUGUUACCUGUCAAGUCUGCCAUGGCGUUUCCACGACGAUAGACCCGUUCUGGGACAUCAGUUUGGAUCUGCCAGGCUCUUCCACCCCGUUCUGGCCGCUGAGUCCGGGCAGCGAUGGCAGCGUCGUGAAUGGGGAAAGCCACGUGUCGGGCACCACCACCCUCACAGACUGCUUGCGAAGGUUUACAAGGCCAGAACAUCUAGGAAGCAGUGCCAAAAUCAAAUGUAGUGGUUGCCAUAGCUACCAAGAAUCUACCAAACAACUCACUAUGAAGAAGUUACCCAUUGUGGCCUGUUUUCAUCUCAAACGGUUUGAACACUCAGCCAAACUGAGGCGGAAGAUCACUACGUAUGUCUCGUUUCCACUGGAGCUGGACAUGACACCUUUCAUGGCUUCCAGUAAAGAGAGCAGAAUGAACGGGCAGUACCAGCAGCCGACGGAUAGUCUAAACAAUGAUAAUAAGUAUUCCUUGUUUGCAGUAGUUAAUCACCAGGGAACCUUGGAGAGCGGGCACUAUACCAGCUUCAUCCGGCAGCACAAGGACCAGUGGUUCAAGUGUGAUGAUGCCAUUAUCACCAAGGCAAGCAUUAAGGAUGUGCUAGACAGUGAAGGAUAUUUGCUGUUCUAUCACAAACAGUUCCUGGAGUAUGAAUAGCCUUAUCCAGCAGCUUGUCAGAUGUAAACAAGGAAGAAACAACGCAAGCCUUCUGAAUCGACACACAAACCUACCUGAAAUGAAAAGACCCAUUACAAACCAACUCGCACUGAGCUGUAACAGGACCUACUUGACACUGACUCACAGCCUGGAGAGUGAGAAAUGAACAAUGUCCAACGUGUGUGCAGUUCCACGAGGACAGAAAGGGGGAAAAGAGGCUGCAGUCAGUCACUUAACAGAGGAAAUAUAAAAUGAAAGGAAUGCUCUGGGUGGGGGAAAUGGGAGCAGAGGAGUCCGGGCACUGGUACAUCUCCUGUGUUCCUCCAAAAUGUGUGUGGGAAGGCAAAGGAUUCUACCCUCAUCUCCAUAAAGCAUCUUCUCCAUUUGGUGCUUCAGCUCCAACGACCAAUCAUAUAACAGUUAAAAUUUAAAAAUCCAAACCCAUUUUUUUAUGCAUAUGGGUCUGAAAGCAGUAGAGUGGAGGAGGAGGGGAUGAGACAACUAAAGGACUUUGCAAGUAUCUUUUUAUUUGUGAAUUUUAGUUAUUAAAUAAAUACAGUAUGAAACUAUUAGGCUCUUUUUUUUCCAACAACCACGAAAGAAAUCCUGGAUUGUGGAACUGAAGCUGCAGUACUCAGACAGGUUUUCAAGCAUGCCUGCUUGCACAGGUAAUGUUCAAUGCCAUCGGACUGCUCAUCCAAAAGCAUCAGCACAGAUUCUGUUGUUUGAGCCCUUUUUUGUUUUGUUUUCUAUAAAUAGCUAUUUUCUUAAUUUUUUUUCCUUUUAUUCCCUUUUUUCACAAGAAUGAAAUUCAUAAAUGCAACCAUCAGUAAAAAUGAAUGAAUUGGCGUGUUUAUACUGUAA